AUGGCCUCUCUGCAGACCUUGACCAAGAGCUUCUCAGGAUGGGUCUUCUGCUGCUGCUGUUGCUGUCUCCCUCUUCUUCUCACCAGCGCUCUGCCUCUGAAAGGGGCAGGUGUGGCUUCUACUGCCCAUCAUGCCUGCAGGCUCAGGAAGAUCAACUUCCAGCUGCCCUAUAUCAGGAAUCGCACCUACACCUUGGCUAAAAUGGCCAGGGUCUCAGACCAGGACACGGACAACAGGCUCAUUGGGCAGCAGCUCUAUGUUAACAUCAAGGAAAACAACCACUGCUACAUGAUGAAGAAGGUUGUGGAGAUCAUAGUACAAGAUGUCCUCCUCACUGAGGCUAAGGACAAGUACCCGUACACUGAGGAGGUGGCACAGUUCUUGGCAUCCCUGACCUCGGAGCUGAGCAGAUGUAAAUUCUCAGGACACAGAGACCACAUUGAAAAGAACCUGGAAGAAAUGAAGAGCAAAAUAGAACAGUUGGGAGAGAAUGGAAAGACUAAAGCCAUUGGAGAACUGGAUUUACUGUUUGACUACAUUGAAAAUGCUUGUACUGAUGCCCCAAAGAAGGGAGGAAACAGGAAGAAAAACUGA